AUGGAACCUACUACUGUUAAGCAGGCUUUGGCUUCCCCUCACUGGUUCCAGGCAAUGCAGGAUGAAUAUCAAGCUCUUUUGAAAAAUCAGACAUGGACCUUGGUGUCUCCAUCUGAGUCAAAGAGGCCCAUAGGCUGCAAAUGGGUUUUCCGGGUGAAGGAGAACCCGGAUGGUUCUAUCAACAAGUAUAAGGCAAGAUUGGUUGCCAAAGGGUUUCAUCAAAAGGUUGGCAAUGAUUUUACUGAAACCUUUUCUCCAGUGGUGAAGCCUGUUACUGUCAGGACUAUCCUCACCCUUGCUGUCACAAACAGGUGGACCAUCAAGCAAAUAGAUGUUAAUAAUGCUUUUCUCAAUGGCCUUCUUGAGGAAGAGGUCUCUUGUUUGCAAGCUCAACAAAGCCUUGUAUGGGCUAAAACAGGCUCCCCGGGCCUGGUUUGA